AUGUCUGGUUCCUCAGGUGUCACCGCUAUGAAGAAAGUGGUUCAACAGCUCCGGCUGGAGGCCGGGCUCAACCGCGUGAAGGUUUCCCAAGCAGCUGCAGACCAGGAACAAUUCUGUCCGCAGAAUGCCCAACAUGACCUGCUGCUAACUGGAGUAUCUUCAAGUACCAAUCCCUUCAGACCCCAGAAAGUUUGUUCCUUCUUGUAA